AUAUUGCCAUCCUCCACUCCUAUUAGACUGCGAGUGUCAGAGAGUGAACGUCGUGUUCCCAAUUUUCUUCGAAAUUUAGACCUUUUUCUAAACCCACAAAACUUCGUGCUUGUUCUCUUCGGAGCUAAGGCCUUUGGCAACUUGCAUCCCAACAAACCAAAAACAAUCUACACCUCUUUUCGACCCCAGUCGUUGCAUUUACUUCAACAUAAAAAGUAUUAAGAUGGCUUCAAAUGCUGAACUUGCUUGUGUCUACGCUGCACUCAUCCUGUCUGAUGAUGACAUCGCUAUCACGGGGGAGAAGAUUGCGACCAUUCUAAAGGCGGCAGGUGUGGACGUGGAGCCGUACUGGCCAGGUCUGUUCGCCAAGGCGUUGGAGGGAGUGAAGGUCAAGGAUCUCAUCACCAACGUAGGGUCCGGUGUGGGUGCUGCACCCGCCGCAGCCGCAGCUGCGCCAGCGGCAGCCGCCGCCGGAGGUGGCGACAAAGGGGGCAAGAAAAAGGAGGAGAAGAAGGAAGAGUCCGAAGAGGAGGAUGACGACAUGGGCUUUGGUCUGUUUGACUAAUGUCCAAGUUUCUCAUCGCUCGACAAAACAACUUCUGACAAGAAAUCAAAUGUGUUCCAGACUUGAAUUUAUACAUUUUUAUUUGUUAACUAUAUAAGCUCAUGGUGUGGACAUGUUUUGAUUUAAAUAAAAUCCAGCUCAACGGAUUA